AUGAUCCUCACUCCCGUCUCUCUACUCGACUCGGCGAUAUUCUGUCUCUUCCUCGCACCGCAGCUCAUCAUUCAUGUCGGCCUCUUCCGCACCAUCUACGUUGCACUCAGCUGCCUACCUUUCCUCCUCGUCCGUCUUCCUCUAGCCCUCAUUCGUGACCGCCUAUUACGUCCGCGUAGUCGACGACCGCCGUUCGUUGCCCGCGCUUCCUUCUUCGAGGAUCUAGUCGUCCGUUGCGUGCGGUAUGCGUUUCGCAAUGUCCCCGCCCAUGUCGGCCGCGUAUUCUUCCACAAGGCUGUGGCCAUGCCGUUUCUCGCCUGGCGCAUGGCACGACAUGGCUAUUUCACAUUUCCAACCAAAUGGGCCGAGUACAAAGAAGAGGGUCCUGAAGGCUUCAGCGGCGUCUGGAUCAGCGCCGACCCAUCUAAACCUCCGGAUAUGGUCCUCUACUACGUGCACGGAGGCGGCUUCGCUAUGGGCUCAGUACAUUUCUACCUCGAGAUUCUGCUCGCAUGGCAUUCCCUGCUCGCGGAAUCGGGCUACCAAAACCCAUGCAUUUUUGCCCUGGAAUACUCCCUCGUGCCAGAAAGGACGUUCCCGACGCAGGUGCAAGAGACAAUGCGCGGCUAUCGCCACGUUCUCUCGGUGGCUGGUGAUCCAGGGAAGGUAGUCGUAUCGGGCGACUCGGCGGGUGGGACGCUUGUCCUCUCUUUGCUUCUCGAGAUCGGCCGACAGAACGACUGCGCAAGGGCAUAUCGGCGCAAGGUCGAGUGGGCGGCAACCCCGGGCAACAGUGACGGGAUGUAUGAUCGAGAGCUUAAAAAGCACUGGCUGAGCGUAUCCGAGACGCCGCUGCCGGCGCUCGCAAUCCUCGUGUCGCCGUGGGUGACACUCGUCUCCAGCAAACACAACAACUCCACAAGCGACUACCUGGACUGCGGGCCCCUCCACGACUAUGCGAUGCAAUACACCGGGAAGGACCGGCUGCCGAGCUGCGCCGCGUCUCCCGGGCUGCAGACCGAGCACGAAGUAUGGGCGGAGGCCAGCCCAUCCCACGGUUUUUUCGUGACAUACGGAUCGGAGGAAGUGUUCGCGCCGGACAUCCAAGACUUUGUUGCCUUGCUGAGCAGGGCUACUGAGGUGCACAGUCACUGCGACGAAGGCGGCGUCCACGCCUGGCCGGUGGCGUCAUUGUUUCUCUCCGGCACCGAGAAUCGACUGUCGGGGUUGAAGACACUAACAGCAGCGAUUAGAAAGCAUGUUCACUGA